AAUAAAUCGAGGUUGGAGUGCUGAGUAAUGUCGCUAACCACUCCAUCCCAAGCAUUUCCUCCAACUAUAAACAUAAUGCCAAAUGUCGGCAGGCCCAGUCGCGACUGCCAUGAAUGUAGGGCACGACGACUUAAGGUACAGAAAUUCCCCUCCUCCUAGGCCAUUGAUGCAUGGUGACACCGUACACAUUUAACAGCCCGAUAGUGUGACCUCACGCGCCCUGCGUGUCACUGCUGUCUAAGAUCAGGACGGCCAUGUCCCGGAUAUCGAAAUGAGCUGGAUUUACGUUUUCGAAUGGAAACUGUCUCGUCAUUUACGCAAUCUAUGCAUAGAGACGGUCGAAAAAAACGAGAUUAUGGACCUCAAGGGGAUGGGUCCUCGACACUGUAUAGAGGGAUAGGUAUGAUUCCGCCUUCCCCGUCGGCCCUGCCCCAGUUUAGUGGAACUGCAGAGAGUGCAGAUUUGUUGUUAUUAGCUCCCCUAACAACAAUACAUGUCGGCCGCGCGGCCAUCGAAUAUCUUUCUGUCAACAUAUUACAGUUCGUUCUGCCUUCAUAUGAAAAACACGCCUCGUACGUGUCUCAUGUUCCAUGUAGGUGGGGACAAGAGGUAGCUCUAGACCAUGCAGUUGGGUGCGUUGUCGCUGCGUUUCACGCAUUGCAUAUUCGCGAUAAUACUCAAUCUCUCUCGAAGCAUAAGCCACUCUCAUUGUAUACGCGCGCAUUACAAUUUCUUCAACAGGCUCUCAAGGAUCCGAAAAGAUCUCUCUCAGCAGAAACGUUAUGUGCAACGGAGCUGCUCUGUCUUUUUGAAUACUUAACUAAAGACAUUGACAAAGCUUGGAUUCAACACGCACGGGGUGCCGCUCGUCUAAUCGAGCACCGUGGUCCCAGAAUGUUUACAACAGAAUUUGAAAAGUCUCUCUUAAUAGGCCAAAUGGGAAUUAUAACAACGGAAGCCUUUUUUGACAAUAAACAUUGCUUCCUCGAACAAGGUGCUUGGAUGUAUGCCCUGCGAUCCUCCAUCUCCCCAAACGAGCAGUUUUCUGAUCGCAGCGAACGGGUUGUCUCGCUAUACGAGAAUAUGAUCUUUCUUCCUGGCCUCUUAAAGGACUGCUCUACUAUCAUUAUGAGCCCUGAUGAACACAAUGGUGCGCUGCAUGAAGCACUUGUUCACAAAGUCGACAUGAGACGCAGGAGCCUGUUGAGCUGGUAUCGCAAAUGGGGCAGAGGUCUACCCCCUCCAGACGACAUCGAAAAUGAAAGAUUUUCUUGGACAGCUGACGAGAUCUCCUUAUGGCCAGAAAUUCUUGUCACGCAUCAAGCUUGUAUGCUGAUGUGUAAUCGAAUCCUUGUUGCUCUCGAUCGAACCCGAGGGCAUAUUCUGGAACCUGAGUCACAGGAAAUCGCUACUCAGAUUAUGACGAUUCGACAUGCACCACGGACCAAUAUUCGGGCUGGCAGUAUGAUGGCCAGCUUAUCAGUUGCUCAGGCGGUCCUAGCCACAGCAAGUGAUUGGGACAUGGAUAUGGCUGAAGUACCCCUACCUCUUAAAUAUGAAGCGCAUAAGAAACGGGUCCUGAUCUCGCCUGAGAAGCUCUCUUUUUGGACUGGGCUGAUCGGAAUCCAGAUCAGAUAGGGAAUGGGCUGGCUGGGAUUACCCUGAUACUUGUUUUCGGGAAUCAAUGUGCAUAGUGUCACAAGAAUCGAUAACUCACAGCCAAUGAAUGUAACGUAAUGAGAACACCCACUCGGACGGGACACCGAACCUUGACCGCAAAUACACACACAAAACGGCAUUCUUUAGGC